UAUUUUUUUUGGUCAAAAAUAGUCCCAGAACGCCGGGUUUGUGGUUUUUACCACGUUUUGCCGCGUUUUCCAGCAUUAAGCGUUUUUACAGCUAAAAAAACUCCUCCAGAAACCCACUAGUCCUGGCUUUUUUUUCCAGCCAAAAAACGUUGAUUACAGUCUAUGUGUGCAUGGACACAUAGGAUAACAUGCUGGGGGGUUUACUAGUUGUAGAAAAAAAUGUCAAAAGCCAAAAACAGUCACUGUAAAAACGUCAAGCGUGCAU